AGGGAACCAUAUUUAAUAUUCCGGGAAAAAUCAGAAUGGAAAAGAAUAUGAAAAAUAACAUAUGUGUAUAUAACUGAAUCAUUUUGCUGUAUGGUAGAAAUUAACACAAUGUUUUAAACAAAUUUAAAAAAAUCAUCUGCUUCAGUCCCUCCUUUCAAUUUUUUGGGGGUAUAUCCCUAGAAGUGGAAUGCUUAUUUGUGUAAACCUGAAAGAGAAAGGAGGCACAUACUUAAAUUUCAUAAUGUGUGUUCAGAGCUGGACCUCAAAGGCCAGGUUAAGAGGAUUGAGGGAUGCUUGAAAAGCUACCCGAACUGUCCCAUAAUACAGCUGCAGUUCCACUGCCUCAAAGUAUUGGGAAAUUGUUUUUAUUUUUUUUUCUUUUCAGGGCUGGACCUGGAGCAUAUGAAAGUUCCUGGGCUAGGGGUUGAACUGGAGCUGCAGCUGCUACAGCCACAGCGACACCAGGUCUGAGCUGCAUGUGUAACCUACACUGCAGCUUAUGGCAAUGCUGAAUCCUUAACCCACUGACCUGAGCAAGUCCAGGGAUUGAAUACACAUCCUCACGGAUACUAGCCAGGUUCCUUUUUUUUUUUUUUUUUUUUUUUUGGUAGGGCUGCACUCGAGGCAUAUGGAGGUUCCCAGCCUGGGGGUCCAAUCGGACCUACAGCUGCUGGCCUAUGCCACCACACAGCAACACAGGAUCUGAACCGUGUCUGUGACCUACACCACAGCUCACAGCAACACCGGAUCCUUAACCCACUGAGUGAGGCCAGGGAUCAAACCCGCAACCUCAUGGUCCCUGGUCAGAUUUGUUUCUGCUGCACCACGACGGGCACUCCCCUAGUCAAAUUCUUAACCUUGAGUAACAACGGGAGCUCUGGGAAAUUCUGUUUUGUUGAGAGCUUGUUACAUGCAAAUGUCCAAAAUGAGAGCUUAUAUCUAAAAAUAGCUCAAACUUCCCUAAUAUCACUGAUAAAAGGCUGUGAGGUUAUUUUCGGUUUCACUGUUUUCUCUUCAUUGAUUGAUUAGAGUGCUCUUGUGUCUGUAUUUUUAUACCAUGAAGAUUUUGAAAAAGACUUAAUAUUGGAAUCAAAGAACUGGGGAGGAAAUUUAAGUAUCACCUUUUAAAAAACUGAAUAUUGACUACAUGCAAGGUCCCAGCACAAAGCACAGUUAAAAGGAGUUCCUCCUAUGGCUCGGCAGGCUAAGGACCCAGUGUUGUCACUGCUGUGGCUUGCUUGCUGCUGUGGCAUGGGUUUAGUCCCUGGCCUGGGAACUUCCAUAUGCUGCAAGUAAGGCCAAGAAAGAAAAAGGAAUAUAAAAGCACAGUUAAAAAAAUUUUUUUAAACAGUGACCUACAUCACACACACAAAUGACUAUCUAAAACAUACAAUUAUGAUGUGAAGAAUAAAAAAACCACACCUGUUUUCGUGAGAAAGAGUCCACUACGACUGCCUGGGUGCCUGUCAGGAACUGCAUCACAUCAGCUUUUACUCCCAGAGGUAACGCUACCCUGAAUUUAGUGUUUUCAACUCCUUGUUUCUCUUUAUAGUUUUAACAGUUGUGUUUGUUUCCCUAAAUAGUAUUUUUUGGGGGUGGGGGUUCCUCUGUUUGAACUUUUCAUAAAUUGAAUCCUACUGUACGUAUUGUUCUGUGAUUUGCUCUUUUAAUUUUACCAUUUAUUUUAAUUUCUUGGCUGCAACUGUGGCAUGUGGAAAUUCCGGGCCCAGGGAUUGCGUCCAAGCCAAAGCUGCGAGCUACGCCACAGCUGCAGCAACUACUGGAUCCUUAACCCACUGGGCUGGGCCAGGGACUGAACCGCUGCCUCCACAGAGACGAUGGGGAUCAUUAACCCACUGUGCCACAGUGGGAACUCCCUGAUUUUUUCUUUUUAAAAAACACAUUGAGGAGUUCCCGUCGAGGCACAGUGGUUAACGAAUCCGACUGGGAACCAUGAGGUUUCAGGUUCGAUCCCGGGGGCCUUGCUCAGUGGGUCAAUGAUCCACCGUUUCCGUGAGCUGGGGUGUAGGUGGCGGAUUUGGCUUGGAUCCAGCGUUGCUAUGGCUCUGGCGUAGGCGGGUGGCUGCAGCUCUGAUUAGACCCCUGGCCUGGGAAGCUCCAUAUGCCUCGGGAGUGGGCCUAGAAAUGGCAAAAAGACAACAACAACAACAACAACAACAAAAGGAACAUUGAUUCAUUCAUUCACUUUCAAGGCUUUAUGGUCUUCCGCCUUAUAAAUACUCUUGGUAGACUUUCAGAUUCUCUAGUUACUAGGACUCAAGACGUUAGACCACUCUUCAACAGGUGACCUGGUGCUCACGUGUAACAGUGCCUCUAGAGUCUUAAGGCGAGCAUCUGCUCAAUCUUUCUAGGUAACGUCGGUGUUGCCCAAGUGGAAGAGACAAGUCCAUGAUAACCCCCUUUUCUCCACAUCCUUGCCAGCCCUUGGUCGUCAGACUUCUGCACGCUGGCCAGUCCAGCAGAGUGAAAUGUCAUCUCACUGUGGCUUAAAUGUGCAUGAUGGUUACUCAUGAUUAUUACACGUUUACAUGUAAUUUGUGUUUUUUCUCUCCUAGGAAAUGCCUGUCACACCCUUUGAUGUCCUGUUGGAUCCUACUGAAUUCUCUUUUCCUUACUGAUUCCUAGGCAUUCUUUUUUUUUUUGGUCUUUUUAGGGCUGCACCUGAGGCACAUGGAGGUUCCCAGGCUAGGGGUUGAAUUAGAGCUGUGGCUGCCCGCCUACGCCACAGUCACAGCAAUGCCAGCUCCCGGAUGCUUGAGCCCUGCCUGUGACCCACACCACAGCUCACGGCAACACUGGAUCCUCAACCCGCUGAGCGAGGCCAGGGAUCAAACCUUCGUCCGCAUGGAUGCCGGUCGGAUUCGUUUUCCACUGAGCCAUGACAGGAACUCCUCCAUUUCUUUUUUUUGGCUGAGCCUGCAGCAUGCCACAUUUCCCAGGCCAGAGAGCAAACCCAAGCCACAGCAGCGACCUGAACCACUGCAGUGACAAAGCUGGAUCUUCAACCUGCUAACCACCAACUCCUCUUUUUUUUUUUAAGGUAAUAUAUAUUUCUUUAAAACAGAAAGAAAUAUUCAUAGAGAAGUGUAUGUAAAAUAUCAAUGCACUGUUCAAAUAAUAAUUUAGAAUCAAACAAUCAUGUAACUAUCACCUAGGUCCCCAAACAGACGUUGCCAACACUCUAGAAGCACCCGCUUUGCCCCUCCCUGGUUACAGUCCCCUUUUCUCACAAGUAACUACCAUUCUGCCCUUUGUGGUAAUUACUUCAUUGCUUUUCUCCUUAUAGUUAUAUCACCUGGGAAUGCCUCCGGAACAAGAGUUUAGCGCUGCCUGUUUUUGCAUCCUAUAAAGAUGUAUUCGCAUAGCAAAUGUCCCUUGUUUCCGGCUUCCUGCACUCAGCAUUACGUUGUGCCCUUGGGUUUCUCGAAGUUACAGUUUGUUCACCAGGCAACGCGUAGCAUCCCCUGCAUCGUCUACGCAAGGCGUCGAGCAUCAACCCUAGGACACCUGUUCUCGCGUCUCCGUGACGUCCCUGGGUACAGCUCAGCGAGGUUCUCUCCAGGGUGUGGCCCACGGGGCGGAACGUGGAUGUAGGGCACACGGCCCGUCCUUCCACCAAACAGCCCCCAGCAGCCAGGGACCGGGGUGCCGCCCGCCCGCCGAAUCCCGCGCUGCGCUCUGCACGUUUCGCGAAAAGCAGCCGCUUAAAGCCAGUCGCCGCGGUACCACCGCGUCCCCAGGGCAGCGCGACAAGCGCGAGCCCCCUACACGUGGAUUUCCUUUACAGCACCUGCAGGCCAUCUGGCCUCUUCCCGGGAUGCCCGGAACCCCCGGGACCCCGGCUUUCCCAGCGCCUGGGGUCACGCCCUCCGGCCGCGGCCCGCUUCUCUCUUCCGGCACCUUUUUUAUUUUAACCUAAUCAAAUUUAUCAUCCUUCUCCGGUUAGCGCGCGUCGUUCCGUGCAUUCCUGCCCGGUCCUGAAGGCAGCCCGCCGUCAUCCCGAGCGCCCGCCACUCCUACCUUCCCACACUGGGCGUCCGCAUCCCUCACCCUGCCUUCGGGCCCCGCCCGCGACGCCGUCCUCUCCCGGCACGCAGUGCGCAGGCGCGCCCGGGGAUUGGAGGGGGGAGGUGGGGGCUCCCGCUACGAGCGGCGUAGUGCGCCUGCGCUGAGGGCCUGCGCGAGCGCACCCCUCCCCCCGCCUCUCCGUGUCGUCUAUAAACUCGCGAGCGUCUCCUCGCGAGAGGUUCGGUUCUCAUGCUCGCUGCGGGGGUCGGAGGUCAGAGCGAGCGUCUCGCCGGCCGCAGGAGGAAGAUGGCGGUAGAAUCGCGCGUCACCCAGGAGGAAAUUAAGAAGGAGCCGGAGAAGCCCAUCGACCGGGAGAAGACCUGCCCGCUGCUGCUGCGCGUCUUCACCACCAACAACGGCCGCCACCACCGCAUGGACGAGUUCUCCCGCGGAAACGUGCCGUCCAGCGAGCUGCAGAUCUACACUUGGAUGGAUGCAACCUUGAAAGAAUUGACUAGUUUAGUAAAAGAAGUCUACCCAGAAGCUAGAAAGAAGGGCACACACUUCAAUUUUGCAAUUGUUUUUACGGAUCUUAAGAGGCCCGGCUAUCGAGUGAAGGAGAUCGGCAGCACCAUGUCCGGGAGGAAGGGCACCGACGACUCCAUGACGCUGCAGUCGCAGAAGUUCCAGAUAGGAGACUACCUGGACAUAGCCAUCACGCCUCCCAACCGGGCCCCGCCGACCUCCGGGCGCAUGAGGCCCUACUAAACUUGCCUUACUGUUUCCUGAAUUUAUUUUUCAUUCAGUGAUGUAAAAUAAACGUCCACUUUUUCCUCCCUCCUUA